AUGAACCUGCGUGCACUGCUUCUCGCUGCUGUGUCCUGCUUCGCCACCAUCCAGGCCGAGGUGACCUGGAUCAACCACGACCAAGUGCAGCCGUUCGCGCAGCCCGAGCCUGCGACCGACUCGGAGACAGCCGCAGUCAAGUUCAAGCCCUUUCUCGAGGUUUCCUACGGAUGUGAGCCGUAUCCUGCAGUUUCGGCCAAUGGAUCGGUCAGUGCGAGCCUGAAAUGGACUGGCAAGAACGAUGGCGACUGCGAAGGAUCAGCUUUAGGCUCGCAGGUGUACUCGCGCUCGGACUGGUACAAGGACAAGUGGGCCAUGAUGUACGCCUGGUACUUCCCCAAGGGCUGGCAGGGGGCGUCCACAGUCAGCCACCGCCACUUGUGGCUGCAUGCCGUGGUCUGGAUCGACAACCCGGCGCUCGAUAACUCGACGAUUCUCGCUGUCUCAACGCCUGUGAAACUCGACGCUAGCAGGGGCUUUUGGGCGAGCAAGAUGCUGCUGAAGCUGACGACGGACAAGGGCGAGUCGCAGGAUCUGAUCACAUGGGAUCAAAUGACCGAGGAAGCACGCACCGCUCUGAGUGAAGCCAACUUUGACAAGCACCUCUUCAAGCGAAAGAACACGAAGGUUCCCUUCAAGGACGGAGUGUUCACUGACAAGCUCAAGAAGGCCUGA